GCGCCUUAUACCGGUUCAACCUAAUGGUUACAGAGAGUCUGCCAUCGAAUACAAUAAAAUGGAAAAAAUAGCUUUUUACGAUUCUUGCUUCUGAUUAUCAAAUCUAGGUCUGGACUUCUUAAUCUAUUCCAUACAGUAUUCAAAGUAGCGUCGACCUUGUAGGUGGAAUUUUCUCUAUCUAUAGAGAGGUCGCUAGAGGGCUCCGGCAAAUUCCGAACAAGUUUAUUUGCAACCUUCUUCCUCUUCUUCUCAAUUACACCUUGGGAGCUUCCCUUUACUAAGAGUCGGGUAAAUCUGAUGUUGAUUGACUAUCAGCAUCGUCGAUUGUCGGUAGAUCUAUCAAUCAAUGAAAUCAUCACAAGUAAGACUUCUCUUUUGACCUAACAGAAUGGAAUUGAUUAUGGAAGAGGAAAUCUUGUAUUACACUCUGCCUAUUCUUGUCUCUUUUUUCUUGCUUCUUUGUCCUGAAAGUGUAUGUAUAAUAAAGAAAGAAAGAAAGUCUGGGUUUUCACUGUAAAGAGAGAAACAAAGUCUGUUUUCCCUCCAACUCGAGUAUUGCUAUUAUUGUCAGGCGUACUUACUUUGGAAGGUUCAGUCAAAUUUUGCUUAUAGAUUGGCAUUCCAAUGCUUUUGUAAAAUCAGCCUUUUGUUGAGCAGGAUGCAAUAUUCAUGACCCAAAGCGUGUGUGAAAGGAGACCCUCCUCUCAAUUUUCAAUAAUUUGGGACACGUGGCGUCAGGAGAAUGAGUUGUUUUUUUUCUGCUUAUUUCCUUUUCAUUCACUUAUUUUGUGCCUUCCGUAAAUUAGAAUUUCAAUCAGCAACAAUUUAUAAGGGGAUAUGAGAUAGACCUGCCUCCCCUCCUUCCUUGUCUCUGCCGUCUCCAUACCAAUCAGUUCAAGCAAAUGGCUGAGAAGGUGUCCACGUUAAUCCUGAAAGUAGACCUGGAAUGCUGCCGAUGCAAUAGAAGGAUCAAAAAGGUUCUGUGCAAGCUCCAAGAGCGAGAGAACAUCAAGAGCAUCGUAUACGACGCAGAAGAACAACACCGUCAGAGUUUCCGGCACUUUCAAUCCCCAGUGCCUGUCGAAGAAGCUGCGCCCGCAAGGCCUGCAAGGCCUGCUUGUGAUCAAGACAUCCAGAUCCAAGAAGACAAACCGCCGCCCAAGCCCGCACCGGAGCCGCCAAGCCCCAACGCCGCCCGCCCAAGCCCGCACCGGAGCCGCCCAAGCCCGAACCGCCACCGCCGCCCAAGCCUGCGCCAGAGCCGCCCAAGCCGGAACCGCCGCCCCCGCCCAAGCCCGCACCGGAACCGCCCAAGCCCGCACCGGAACCGCCCAAGCCCGCACCGCAGCCGCCCAAGCCAGCACCGGAACCGCCCAAGCCCGCACCGCAGCCGCCCAAGCCCGAACCGCCGCCAGCGCCGAAGGUGGAGGUGCCGUAUCCUUAUCCGGUGUGGCCGGUCUGCUGCUGGCAGCCGUGCCCCUGCCCGUGCUACGACUACCGAGGAGGAAGAGGAGGCUGCCGGUGCUGCUCCUGCGGCAGGGAGGACAGCGGAUGGAACCCCCCGCCGAGCUACGGCUACGGUGGUGGCAGUGCUUCCUGGUGCGACGGCGUCGGCUACAAGAUUGUCUGCGAGGAAGAACCUCAGUACACCUGCACCGUCAUGUGACUCAACUACUUACAUGUCUACUUACUUUCCAUCACUAUUCUAUAUCAUCAUCAUCAGAAUGUUUUAAUCCUUUGCCUAUGCCUAUGCCUAUAAACAUUAUUCUUCGUUCGAUGUAACGUAAGAAGAAUCACGGAUAUAGAUAUAAAUAAAGAUGUAUUAUUUCUCUUUUGUUAGGUUUGAAAUGCGCAUGGAGAUAUAAAUAAAGAUGUAAGAUUGUUUCUCUUUCAGUGUUUUUAAAAAUGCCUGAUUUAAUGGUUAUUCUAA